ACAAUUUUCAGAUUGAUGCCGAUCUAAAAAAAAAAAUAUAGUGAAAAUCAAAAAAAUUAAUUGAUUAUAUCACAAAGUAGUUGAUUAAUAUAAUUUGGUCACAAUUGCUCGACGCCAAUUUAAAUAACAAUAUAUCUCUGCGACAACUUCUUUUCCGCCCGUGAAUAUGAACGGGAGAGUCGAUGGAGCGGUGGAGAACAAUACAAGGUGGUGAUGUGGCGAAGGCGGUGGAUAUCGCGAGCGGAUCAGCAGCGACGGAGAGGAACAGCGCGAAAAAAACUAAGGUGGCCGGGUCGGGUUAAGAGGAGGGGAGAAUCGGCAACGAGCUCACAUUAUCGCCGUGUUUUACUGCGGUGGGACCACGCCUUUCUACAGCGACGUCCGGUUGGGAGGGGAGGAGGAUCGAUCCGAGACCGGAUGGCGAGGUACGCCCACAGCGAUCAGUGGGACGGCGACUGAGCCGGUGACUUGCGCACUGUCGGCCGGACUAGUCAGUGUUAUACGGUAUCCGUCGCGGUGCACGUCGAUGCCGCCGCCGCCGUCGUCCAAACAGCAUUCACCGUCCGCCGUAGAAACACCGCGGUAGUACAAUUAGUACGUUCGACAACGCAGAACAGAGAAGCGACACCGCGAUAUGACGAAUUUCGGUUUGUGCGGCUUCAGACGGUGGUAAUCACCACAAUAAACUAAUCCGAACACUGCAGACACGCCACCCGAAACUCGGUGGUAUCCGCGAUAUUUGAGUUUGAACUCCGUUCCGCCGGUAUUUACGCGACAAUUAUGAUAAUGGGGACGGCUAAUCAGGAACAGCAUCCGGCUAGUGCGAUCAAAAAACCAACGGACUUUUCGAUCGACGCGAUAAUGCGGAAGGAUGAAGCCGACCCAACCGAUGCCGAUCCUCGACAGAUAUUCGAUGGCGAAGGUUCGACGACAGGUACGGGCUGUGUCGAGGAUAUCGACGUCGAGGUGGACGUUGUGGACACUUCUGAACCGGAGGAUUUGGCCGCAAACGCCAGCACUCGCCGUCAUCUCCACGACGAUCAUCGUUCGAAACGGCACAACGGUCACAGUGCUGGCAACAAGAAGAAACGAUCCCGAGGAUCCGAGACGACGGUUUCGUCCGAAGACAGCGGUGACCAAACUCCACCGCCGCCGCCGAUGUCCUCACAAUCGUCUACCGACUGCCAGGCAACCGGAUCCACGAAAUCCUUAUCGGCCGUGUUGGCCAAAUGUAACAGUCCUGAUUUGGCGUCCACCGAAUGCUACCUCGAGUCAGUAUCCAAAGAACUCUGGUCGAAAUUCCACGAACUCGGCACGGAAAUGAUCAUCACCAAAACAGGAAGGCGAAUGUUCCCCACGCUGCGGGUGUGCUUCCGGAAGUUGGACCCCAAUCAAAAGUACGCCGUGCUGAUAGACAUCGUGCCGGUGGACAAUAAGCGGUACCGGUACGCGUAUCACAAGUCUUCUUGGUUGGUGGCCGGCAAAGCGGACCCGCCGGCACCGCACAGGCUGUACACACAUCCCGACUCGCCGUUUACCGGAGAUCAGCUGCACAAGACGUUCGUGUCGUUCGAAAAGGUCAAGCUGACCAACAACGAGAUGGACAUUAGCGGCCAAAUCAUAUUGAACUCUAUGCACCGGUAUCAGCCCAGGAUACACUUAGUCAAGUGGCGUGGAAUGGUUACCGACCUGGACGCGGAAAAGUACCGGUCUUUCGUGUUCCCAGAGACGGUGUUCACUGCCGUGACGGCUUAUCAAAAUCAACUGAUAACCAAGUUGAAAAUCGACAGCAACCCGUUCGCAAAAGGAUUUCGUGACUCUAGUCGACUGGGCGAGUUGGAAAGAGACCCUGUUGACCUCAUGUUCUUAGAACAUCAAUACAAUCAACAUCUCUUGAACCGGGCGGCAACUCCGAUGUUUUGGUCUCCGCAAGACGGGGGUGGUCUAUCCGGACAAUCGGUUAUGGACCACGACGGUGGCGGCGGAGCUGCUAACGGUAACAGUUCAUCGACACCGUCAGGCUUUAUGCUGGCUGCCGCGGCCGCCGCCCGAGCUCAAUUCCAUAUGUUGAAUAACGCUGCAAACAGGGCGGCCGCUGUGGCUGCGGCCGCCGCAGUUUCUGGUGGAUGCGACAACGGCAAUGCUUCCGGAAAUUACUCGCAACAGCAGCAGCAGCAACAACACCAUCACCAACAGCAACAGCAGCAACAGCAGCAACUCGUCUUGUACGGUAGCUCACAUCACUUUCAGCAAACGCAGGCUCGUUUCGCGGCCGCUGCCGCAGCUGCCGCCGCCGCCGUCGGAUAUCAUCACCAUCACCCGGGUCACGGAGGUCCACCGCCACCACAACCGUCUGUGUUCUCUUGGCCGCCGCCGCCGCAGUAUCCCAGGUACGUGACGGCUUCUCCAGCUUUCCAGCCUCCUUCUUCUGUUGCCGGAGCCGUGCACCCAUCGCAUCAUCACCAGCACGUCGUACUGCAGCACUCUCAUCCACUUCACGCCACGUCUGUCAUUGGCCGAUACAGUCCUCCAUCGGCGGCCGCACCUCCGUCGCCCGGUGCCACCAGUUCUUCGGCCGAAUCGUUGCCGUCGCCCGACGUGGACGGCCGAACGGCCAGCAAGUACGGCAGACGGCAAACUCUGGUGGCGGACGACGCGUAAGCUGACAAAUCACAAAAUCAACGUCGUGUUCCUCGUGUGUUUACUACUCACUUUCCUCGGGCUCAAUGUCACCACCUCACAACAGCAGAAUUUGGCACGAAACUGUAGACAAUUAUUAUUGUACGUUGUGCGCAUCCGGGUAGAGGUAUCUCAAUGUGUUAUUUGUUUUUGUUUUUUACUCGCCGGAAAUCUAGUCUAACGUAGGUUAAACAUAUGUUUUUUAUUGUAUUCCGUAAUCAUUGCAAUAUAGAUCUUAUUGUUUUAAGUUUUCAGUUGUAAGUUAUCGCAUCUCAUUAUUUUUAUUGUAAUCUAUUUUAUACUGUUGUGUUGUAGGAAAGUCCCCUCCUUUUUCUUUUCUGGCUAAGUUGACGAGAAUGUUGCAGUCAAAAUGGCAUUUGUGUCUAGUGCAUAUGCGACACGGUUAUCGUAUCGGUCAAGACGGUCUUGUGUGCCUUCCAAGUUCGUGUACAAAUGGUCAAUGUAGUCGAAGCUCAGUGCAAUAUAAUUAAACCCUUAGUGUAUCGUUUCGAAUCAUAUCAUCCGAACAUUCAAAAUCGGUGUAUCGUCACGAGCGCGGAUACAAUUGGACGCCAGAGAAAUAUUCCCACGGCGAACACGUCAUUUUUCGAUUUAGCACCACCCGCCCCCCUCUCGUCGAUUGCCAGACACAUUCCUACAGUUUUCAUAAUGUCCUCUUAUUUUUGCUAACCCUUUCGACAGUUGGCGACUACAAUCGUGUCUUACUUGUGCUAAAUGUCGAUUCAAUACCGUUUUGACAUCGACUUCGUCCGGUUGAUAUAUUUGUCGGCAACUAGUAAAAAUCACAUUUGAUGAUAUUCUCGUGGCGUUUUGACCUCGUCAACUUAUUGCGAUCCUUACGAAGCAUGUUUUCUCGCCCAGUUACCAAGUACAUGUAAAUAUUUAUACGUACAUGUAUAUAUUUAUAUAAAUAUAUUUAUAAAUAAUGUUAUUAGUUUUAUUAUUAUUGAUUGUUAGUUUUUUUUUGUACAGAAGUUAUUUCAGCGAGAAAACGGCUUUGAUAAAAACCUCCAAUUCAAAUAAUUAAUAAUAUAUUAUUUGACAACAAUGACUACUUAAAAUAAGAAUGAACAAGUAGAUGUAAGUGUAAAAGCAUAGUUUAGGUUCAAAAUGUAAUUUUAAUGAAAGACCUAAUCUAAGUACCAAAGAUGAAAUUCGUUUUAUUUAUUUGAAUAUUGUCAAAUACUAUUUGACAAAUACAAAUAUCAUCGCGUCUCCGAAUGUGUAAAAAAUGUUUGUAAAUAAAAGUUAGAUAAUUAACGUUCUCCUUUUCCUUAUGUAUUUUUACUAUUAAUUAUUAAUAGACAUAAUCGCUAUAAGGUUUUCUCUGUCUCCUUCCCGUAGAAUAUUACAAUAUUAUACUGCAUAAAUUAUUAUAAUUAUUUAUUGUUUUGUCAUUUCCUCAUUUCGUGUGAUGUAUAUUUUAAUAUUAUUAUUAUUAUUAUUGUAUGUUUUAAUCGAGUGUUAUAUAUUAUGAUCAUUAAUACUAUUAUUAUAUUAUAAUGCGCAAC